AUGCCAUCCUCUGAAAUCAUGUUUUCAUCAAACGAUGACCCUGGAGGCUCCGAUAACCGUCUCGUUGUUUCUGACAUAGAGGAUGGCCAGAAUGUUAUUCUCUCUCUUCGACCAGCCGUCUUGGACAACAAGCAACCCACAUUAAAGAGGUCCCACUCGGCCACAACCCGUGAUGAUCUGGCGAAAAAAUAUCGCCGUCUCGAAAGCAUCUCCGAGUCCGCUAUUCGCGAGAAACAAAACAUCCUCCCAAAUUCCACCUCCAGGGAUUUCUCGCGCAUUUCUCCUACCACCUCGAAGCGACUAGUUACCUCACCGAACGCAUAUGCUUCAACACCAUUACCAUCACAGAAAAAGCCCAGAGCGUUCUACACCGAACAACAGCUCGAAUGGCUCACCGACUACUACUUUACCAUGCCUGAUAACACUACAAAAUCUUGGAACAUAGCCUCUGGUGAUUUCGAAUCCACCUGGGGGCAAGUUCACAGCGGCAAAGUCCUAAGAGCGAAGGUCAUUAGGAUGGGCUUGGGGAUACUUUUGGAGAGAUCAGAUGGAGAACUUCCGGCGGUAGAGAUGAAUAUCGAUGAAUUGAGCGAUUCAGAAGCUGUCGCCGCCCUCUCACCCAAAACUCCGGUUGCUCAGGGAACCGCAGAGGCCUAUCAAGCCACCCCGCCCGCCAGCCCACAGGGCGCCCGCAACAGAGAAUUAUGGCUCAAGGAUAAUAUUCAUAAAUUUCAGAAAAGCAAGUUUGAGGUUGAUUGGGAGUCGUUGACUAAUCUCUUCAACGACAUUUUCGAUAUGAAGAAAUCUGCGACAGCAUUGGAGGUCAUGUGGGAGAGGGCUAUAAAUAAAAACUGUGGGUCGAUACAUUCUUUUUGA